UAAACUAAACAUAUAUCUUAUAAUAUUAAUUAAGUUAGAAACUGAUAGUUUUAUUAUAUUAGCUUAAAUCAAGUCUCAAAAGCAGUCUUCAAUAUUUGUUAAAAUAAUUUUUGGAGGGUAGCCCCGGACAUAGAAUUACUGAUGACCAAAUCGUUCUUUAGCCUUGCAUACGUCACAAUAGUAGUAAGCCAGCGAUGGAUCAAUAUCCACACACGCUUCGUGCGCCCAGUCUUUGCAUCUAUGACACUGGAUCCAAUCUUCCUCGAACGUUUCUCCACAAAUGAUGCAUUCUGUAUCGUGGUCUCUUUCUAGCUGAGUCAAACUUUGAAUAUUCUUCUUUGUUUUCAUUUUAUUAGUUGCCGCCUGGUCAAGCCAUGUAAUGGUCUGCGGAGGAGGCGGCGGGGCGCGGGACGCGGAGCAGCGGCGAGCGGACUCGCGGCUCGCGGACGGCAGACAUACACAGCAUAGUGGCAACCGCACACGCAUACGAGGUUUGUCCGGAAAGUUAGCCAGUAGUCUGCUAAAUUACUACCAACCGAUCAACGGACUUUGUACUGUAGCAUCUGUGCAGUGUCAGACACAUUAUCACAGAUUAGGUGAGAUCGAAGAAAUUGCUGACGAUCCUGACCAGAGGUAUCAGGAAAGGGACGCUUUCGAGAACCAGUAUUAUGCGGCUGUCGCGACGGCUAGGAGUCUGUGUAUACCGUCAUUUACAUCGACAAAUCACGAGAAAACCAAAUGGCAUCGGUCUUAUGGCGAGCUUAAGGAGGGCACCCUCGUCGUCAUCAAGGAGAAGACGUCACCUCCAUUAAUGUGGCUCAUGGGCCGCGUUAUCCGCAUAAUACCUGGAAGGGAUGGCAUCGCAAGGGUUGCCGACAUUCAGACCAAGAAGGGUGUCAUUCGGCGAGCAUACAACACCAUAUGCCCCUUGCCAGUGAAGAGUUUUGAACUUGACACUUCAACGCGGGGAGUAUAUGGUCAAGCCAUGUAAUGGUCUGCGGAGGAGGCGGCGGGGCGCGGGACGCGGAGCAGCGGCGAGCGGACUCGCGGCUCGCGGACGGCAGACAUACACAGCAUAGUGGCAACCGCACACGCAUAUAUUCGCACAAUAAAUUGUCGGGCUAAACUUGUAUUUUACAACAACAUUCCGCUCUUAUUCUCCCUGAACACCGCCUUUCUUUUAUUCGUUGUAGUUUUAUUGGUUGCAGCCUUGGUUGUGUUGGUCGCAGCCUUUUUCUCUACCAACGCAUUUUUGAAGGGCGAAGAUGUCAGAAUCUCACUUUUUUGUGUUUUUCGUGAACGCGCUGCAAGACG